CGAACGAGCAAUGGAGGAAAGAAAGGCGACUGAGCCAACAAGUGUGCGACCCUGUAUUAUAGUGCACGGUGGGGCUUGGGCCAUACCAGACGCCUGGAAAGAGUCAUCAGUUAGUGGGGUCAAGAAAGCUGCACAAAAAGGGUACGAGUGCUUAUUAAAGGGUGGAACAGCUGUUGACACAGUUGAGGCAGCUGUUCGUAUUCUGGAAGAUGAUCCAACUUUUGAUGCAGGUCAUGGCUCAGUUCUCACAGAGGAGUUGACUGUUGAAGUUGAUGCCAUGAUCAUGAAUGGGCAGACCUUAGAAUCAGGUGCUGUUGCAGCAGUAACAGGUGUAGCAAAUCCUGUGUCUCUAGCUCGUCAUGUGAUGGAAGACACUCCUCAUUCUUUAUUGGUUGGCAAUGGCGCUUUAAAGUAUGCAAAGAAAAUAGAUUUUCCAAUUUUAUCUGAUCCUCUUGCACUUAUCAGUGAAGAAUCAAGACUACAAUUGGAAGGAAACAAAAAUUUCAAUGAAGCUGUUUUGAGUGGUUAUAAUACAGAAACAUGCAAUACCGAUACUGUUGUUAAUCCUGGACAUGACACUGUUGGUGCAGUUGCUAUGGACUCCUAUGGUCGACUAGCAUGUGCAACAUCUACAGGUGGAAUUUCCCUCAAGAUGCCUGGACGUGUUGGUGACAGUCCACUGAUUGGCUGUGGAGGUUAUGCAAACGAGGAGGGUGCAGUAUCAACAACAGGACAUGGAGAAUCCAUUAUGAAAACUUUGCUGGCAAGAGAAGUGGUGUGUAACAUGGAAGGGGGUUACACCCCUGAUUUUGCAUGCACUAAAGCACUUGAGAAGAUGUUUGAGCAAGUAGGUGGUCAGGGGGGAGCAAUAGCAAUCAAUAAACAUGGCAAGGUAGGGAGAGGUUUUACCACCAAGCGUAUGCCUUGGGCAACUAUUACAGAAGGUGUUCUAAAGUUUGGUAUUGAACCAAAUGAGGAAAUUUCAGAUGCAUGCUGUUGAGUAUUUAGACCCAUGAAUAUUGUAUUUAAGCUCUACUAUUUAUUUCCUAUUCCUAAUCUUAUCAUUAAACAUGUAGCCCCUG